ACUGACAUUGAGAUCACACGAGAGGAAGACUUCACCCGAAUCCUCCAAAUGGAAGAAGAGUACAUUCAGCAGCUCUGUGAGGACAUUAUCCAUCUGAAGCCAGAUGUGGUCAUCACAGAAAAGGGCAUCUCAGAUUUAGCUCAGCACUACCUCAUGCGGGCCAAUAUCACAGCCAUCCGCAGAGUCCGGAAGACAGACAAUAAUCGCAUUGCUAGAGCCUGUGGGGGCCGGAUAGUCAGCAGACCAGAGGAACUCAGAGAAGAAGAUGUUGGGACAGGGGCAGGCCUGUUGGAAAUCAAGAAAAUUGGAGAUGAGUAUUUUACAUUCAUCACUGAGUGCAGAGACCCCAAGGCCUGCACCAUUCUCCUCCGGGGGGCCAGCAAAGAGAUUCUCUCGGAAGUAGAACGCAACCUCCAGGAUGCCAUGCAGGUGUGCCGCAAUGUUCUCCUGGACCCUCAGCUGGUGCCUGGGGGUGGGGCUUCUGAGAUGGCUGUGGCUCAUGCCUUGACAGAAAAAUCCAAGGCCAUGACUGGUGUGGAACAAUGGCCAUAUCGGGCUGUUGCCCAAGCCCUAGAGGUCAUCCCUCGUACCCUUAUUCAAAACUGUGGGGCCAGCACCAUCCGUCUACUUACCUCCCUUCGGGCCAAGCACACCCAGGAGAAUUGUGAGACCUGGGGCGUAAAUGGUGAGACAGGUACUCUGGUGGACAUGAAAGAACUGGGCAUCUGGGAACCAUUGGCUGUAAAGCUGCAAACGUAUAAGACAGCAGUGGAGACGGCAGUUCUACUGCUGCGGAUUGAUGACAUCGUAUCAGGCCACAAAAAAAAGGGUGAUGACCAGAGCCAGCAAGGCGGGGCUCCUGAUGCUGGCCAGGAGUGAGCGGUGGCAAGGCGACCUCAACGCACAGAGCCAACAGUCUCCCCCUUCCCUGAGCCAGACUGCCAGGGACACUGUGGAUGUCUUUGUUUGGAAGGGAUCGGGUUGAGGGGCAGCCCCAGUCCCUUUCUGUCCCAGCUCAGUUUGCAAAAGGCACUGACAUGUAAUUCUUCUCUAUUGUAAGCUUUCCAUUUAGUUUGCUUCCGAUGAUUAAAUCUAAGUCAUUUGA